AUGAGAUGUUCAUCGUUUUACUGUUAUUAUUCGAUUGUUGUUUUAUUGUUAGUUUUCGGGGUUUUCAAUUUGUUCAAAGAUAGAGACGAGAAGGAAACUGUGGAAAUCGGAAAGUUCCGGGGGAUAUAUGUACAGAAUGCUUAUAGGGUAUCAGAUGAGGAAGUUCGAUUUUUCUACUUGGAGAAUCAGGAUAAUAGAGUAAACUUAAAAUCACAAAUUCCACUUGUCGGCUGGAAGCCUAUCCGCUGGUUUUGCCUGAACACCACUUGCUCGGACUAUUUCUACUGCUCCAUGGCCACACGAUUCGGGAGUGUCUCCCUUCCACCCCAUUCUCCACAUCAAUUAUAUAUCAAUUUAUCAACUGAAGGGAAUAAUGAGUACACAGUGGUCCCUGUAAAAGAUGUCCGCCCUGGGCCUACCUAUUCACAUACUCUGGGUGUAUGCCUCCAGCCGAUAUUCUUCUUCACGGACUGGACAAUUGUCAUCCAAUUCCUAGAGUCAUGGAUAGCUCAGGGUGCAACUAAAUUCUAUUUUUACUUGCAUAGCUACACGUGGCAAACCAAAAAAGUCUUGGAUUUUUACAAGGAGUCAUUGGGAGACGAUCUGGAACUAGUAGAGUGGAGCGACCUUCCAGUUCACUCGAAGGAUCGAGGAAACUAUGACAGUGAUCCGAAUAGUAGAGUUUUUCGUCAUGGUGCAAUUGCCUUCAUGCAUGAUUGCAUGCUUCGAGCAAGAUCCGUGGUAAAAUUCGUGGCUAACACUGAUCUCGACGACUUCCCGGUUUCCUCUACUUUAAACAUCUCCGAUAACCUGAACUAUUUAUCCAUCAAAUAUCCGAAUGCAGCCCAAUUCAAGGUUGACUGGCUGCUAAGUCACCAGAAGCAAAACUGGGGCGCCGUCGACACUCCCAGGGACAUGGGCUUCAGUCUAGAAUCAGUGAGGGUGCUGCAAAAUGAAAGUAUUCGAUGGGAUUACCGAACAGCCAAGAAGCUUAUUCAUCGGCCGGAAAGGGUUGUUCACUUCGAUAUGCAUUCCGUUUUUCAAAAUGAGGUGGAUAGUGUUACCAAAAAUCAAUACUCAACAAUCGAUCUGCUGGGUAGUUCUGACUUGUACUUUUUGCACUUGAGAAGAUUUGAACAGAAACUUGUAACUCCCCAUGAUGUUUUUUAUAAUAAUAGAUUGGAUACAAAUUUAUUGCUAAAGUUGAAGGAGCGAAUGUUAGAUCAGUAUUCGGAAAGGAUCAAUGGGACUCGGUUUGCAGAUACAAUACUAUCCCCCUGGUCCGAAGAUGCAUUAAAUACUAUGCGAGAUCUCGAGCAAUGCCGGUGUGAAGCGUUCGGAACAGUUUUGAACCACAAAAACCAAAUAUGCCAGCAAAGUUCCGCCGGGUGUGAGGGCAUGCUGACUUCUGGGAUCUCUUUUAUCAAAACUCGUCAAACCUGGAAAAAUAUCAACCGGAGAGGACGAUAUAAUAAUUAUUUUGAGAAGCCGAAAAGCUACUCGUUUUUCAGUAGUCCAUAUUUUUGGAGUUAG